AUCGCCAAUCUUCUGGAGGACGUAGAAUCUGAACUCUUCGGUCGGUCGUCAAUGCCUUCUGAUGUUGGAACAAUAGAGAGUAAGGUUAUUGAUCGUAUCAAUAGACCGGUGGCUGCAGUGAAACGCCAGUUAUUUCGAGAGAAAGUUGUUCGUCAUGCCCCACCUUGUCUCCUUCUAAUGUCUCUUCGCAAGUACCUCGAAGAAGCUUAUGAUGUCACUAGCAACAAACUGGGUUCCUACUCGCCCUCUUCAGAUGACAAGCAUUACCAACGAUUUAUUCCGCCGCCCUCAGCUCGGACUCUCAAUUCUGGUGUGCCGCAUCGAUUGAUCGAAGUCCCCCCACUCGUCGCUCAAUGUGCCCUUGAUCCCUCCUGGCCACUUGCCACCUCAAGUCAUAUCACCUCAUCUUCCAUUUCAAACAGCACGAUACUCCGGUUAGCUCUCCAAGUCCAUAGGCAACUUCUCACUGUUGAUGGAGUAGAUGAUGAAUUGGGCAAUUCAUCUGCCAACAACUUGCCGUCGAAUGCUGAUCAAUCUACCUCUGUGCAGUCCGCUUCCUCGCGUCCUGCAGUGGGCCCAAGUGGUGAUGGUCCACAUCAGAAAUCGUCUGUGGUCGCAACUCCUACGCAUAGAGACGUCAAACAACCGCACAACGAACACCAUCGUUCUCAGAUCAAGACAUCGUCGAAAGCUUCCUACACCCCUUCUAAGCAACAAUCUAAACGCCCUGCAUUUGAAGUCGGUGACGGUAGGACUGGUGAUUUGAGUGACAGCCUUUCCUCCCUUUCUGAUGGUUCCAGCCAAUUCGGUGGAAAAUAUGAAAGGAAGAAGAAACGUCUUUCUCCAUCUGCCAAGUCCUCGAAACAUAAGUCAACCGCAGAAGGGACAGGAUCCACGCUAAGCAAGCCCACUCAUACCAAUACUCCAGCUUUUAUACCAAAGAAAGACUCUUCCGCUGCUGUUCUUCCAUUAUCCUCUAGCAGUAAAAAGAAGCGUCAAUCCUCUUCCAAUCCAAUUGUCCAACAUGAUCCCGAACUCUCCUCCCUUUCGAGUCUCGAAGGAGACAACUUUGGAGGAGGUACUUCUCAGCAACCAGCUAACUCAUCCCACCGUCAACAACAUCCAAACAAGCGAGGAUCAUCUAUACAAAGUGGUUCUACCAUAUCUGCUUCCCAUAAACCACCACCAAGCAAGAAGCCUUCUACAGCUGGCACCCCUAAUCCUUCUCGGCCAAAGUAUGAUCUGGCUCCACUUCCAGGCACACCAGAUAUCCGCACCCAACACGAACAGAGACGAAAAGCCAAGGCCCUAGCUGCCAAAAAGGCUGUGGAAAGGCAACAAUUGAUGGAGAAGAGUAAGCAGCUCCAGGAUACCUCCCGUUCCCUCACUUCACCCCAAAAUGUGGCCUCUCAGCAACCCAGAAAUGAGUCGCGGAGAUCUUGUCGCCCACGAUUGGGAGCUGAUGAUAGUGACGAGAAUAGUGAUUCUUCACUUACCAUGAAAUCUUCUUCCUCCUCUGAGCACUCCUACUCCUCCGACGCCUCGUGUUCCGAUUAG